AUGGAUGAAAUGACAAUAGACACAUUUGAAACGGCCUCGCUCAUUCUUCAUAAGGAUACCAUCGACAAAUUUUACGUAUGCAAACAAAAAUAUGCUCAACUCGACUGCGCGGACAAUACAUUUAUGCAAACACUCCUCGAACACUACAUGAAUUGCCAAUCAGAGCCAGAAUCAAGAGGAGUCUCUAAAACUAUCUGCCCUGAAUGCCGAUUUGUCGCCGAGGAUAUGUCCAAGCUCUUUGAACACUUUGAAUCUAAUCACUCUGUCGAAGCAGGCUUCUCCUGUAACUGUGGGCUGACAUUUUGCCGAUUGCCUGCCUUCUUACGGCACUAUAUCGCAUGCCCAUUAGCUUCAUUGGAUACACAAGAUCAAAACAACUCAAAGCAGUCUUCCCCACUCACACCAACUAAAGUUUGUGAUGAAAUGUUUAAACGAUCUGACUCUCCCAAUGCGGUGAACCCGGAAAACAAUGAAAGCACCAGUCCUGAAGCCAGUCUUCAAGAGUCGGUAUCGCAUUACAGCUACUAUAAGCACCCUCCUGUUAUUCCGAUCAAGGGACCCUCUGAUGAUCGACCAUUUGGUUGUCCAAAAUGUCCCAAGGGAUUCAAAAGCAAAUCUCUUCUGGAGCAGCAUAUGCAUUUGCACUAUCCACCGAGAUACAAAUGCCGAUGGUGCUUCAAAGUUUACCGUUGGCCUCCGGUUUAUUAUCAUCACAUGCGCACGUGCAAGAAGAUGCUGCGCUCAGAGGCCGAACCGGAUAAGACAGCAGCAAAUCCCAGUUCCAUCUCCAUUCCUGUCAACGAUAACGCUGUGCUGGAUCUAUCCCGACCCACUAAGUCCGCACAAAUUGCGCCAAAAGAAGAGACCGUGGUGAAGCCCACCGCACCCGCUGAUUUCACUUGCCCCUGUGGAGCCACCUUUUCCGAUGUACAGUUCUACUUCAAGCAUGCUGCAAAGUGCCUUCAAUUGAUCCAUACCUUUGGUCCCCUUGUACCUCCUUCCACUGAAUCCAAUGAGUCGGCUGACUUGGCACCAAUGCCCAAGUCCCGUACUAAGCGCUUUUUGUGCAACAUCUGCGCAAAAGACUUCACAUCAAAACUCUCCCUCAAACAACACGUCGACGGGAAGCAUAGAGCGGAAGGCAAAUAUGUGUGCAAGCUCUGUGGCAAGCGUUACAGAUGGGGCGCCUCCUUCUACUACCACCGACGCACCUGCUCCCUUGCCAAUGGGGUGAACCUUCCCUCUACUGGGGUGCUCUCCCGCCUUCCUCACAUCUCCCAACCCUCUGCCUAG